GGAGGUGAUACUUGAACAGCUGCGGGCGGGCGCGGGGAGUGCCGCGGAGCAAGGGUACCGGCCUAGGUGACAGCAUGGCUUCCCGGGACACUCCGCCAGCCACCAGCUAUGCCCCGUCCGACGUGCCCUCGGGGGUCGUUGCUGUGUUUCUCACCAUUCCCUUUGCCUUCAUCCUACCGGAGCUGGUGUUUGGGUUCUUGGUCUGGACUCUGGUGGCUGCCACACACGUAGCAAGACCUUUGCUGCACGGAUGGGUGCUGUAUGUGUCACUCACCUCGUUUCUCAUCUCCCUGAUGUUCCUGCUGUCCUACUUGUUGGGGUUUUACAAACGAUUUGAGUCCUGGAAGGUCCUGGACAGUCUGUACCAUGGAACCACAGGCAUCCUGUACAUGAGUGCCGCUGUCCUGCAAGCACACGCCACUAUCAUUUCUGAAAGCAGCAACCUAAAUGAAUACUACAUCAAUACUGCAGCAUCAUUCUUCGCCUUCCUCACCACCCUACUCUAUAUUCUGCAUGCCUUCAGCAUCUAUUACCACUGAAGUGCCGGAGAACAAACCCAGUGAGGCUCACUUUCCGAGGCCGUAUCGCCCAAGGCAAGACUAUCGUCUUGCCAUUUGCCAUUCAGGUGAUAAAUGGAAGAUCUACCGAGCCACUCACAGGGUCAACAGACUGUCUUUCUGGAAUGUGUGAGGAGACUCACUUUGGCAUUUUUCUCUUUGGACAUUCUUACUCCUCAUGGUGACUGAAGAUCCACCCCUACCCCUACCCUGAAGAUGGCUGCCUCUUGAAGAUUCCUGACCAUGAACUCACUUUUCGAGAAUAUCAACUUUGAACCCCCAUAGUUCAAAAUACCAGCUCUGCCAAUCAUACCUGGUUAGGAUCUUUUGCCCCAGCAAUGGUGCUCCCCAUGAUAGGUUUAGGAAUAUUCAAUCUUAUUUUCUAAAAUAGGCAAGGCUUCACGAAAGCCUGAAGGUCUAAUGCCCAAUCCUUGUAGCCUCUGAUACUGCCCUGAAGCAGUUGUCCAGCCCUGCCUACUUCCCCUGGACCUCACCCCUGCUGCCUCUGCAUUAAAGAUCCGAGGAAAACAUACAUAAAACCAAUUCUGGGGGUAAAUUUAUGGGAGAAAUAUAUGGUUGGGUUUGAGGAGUCAGAAUGGGAAAGACAUAGCCAGUUAAUGCAUAAGCCACAUCCUUCAGAAACUGCUGGGCUCAGUGGGCCUGUGUGGAGCCUCACAGACCAACCUAAAGAUCACAAGAUUCCUCCUCCUUUAGGGAAGAUGUCAGCAAAGGAGAUAAAAUGCUGCAAGCAUGAAUUUACCUUCUGGCUCCUCCCAGAAACACAACAGGGAGAAGCAGUUGCUAUAUUGUUGCACGGGCUCUGAAGGGCCCCCUCUAGAGGUCUGUGCUGACUUGUGUGUGUGUCCCCAGCUCUCUUCCUGGUGACCCUCCAGGUGGGACCAGUCUUCAGGAUUCAUCAUGGAAGGGAGACUGUGUUUGGGGGUCAUUUUUCUAAGAACAGGCCUUGUGAGAAGAAAAGUAUAAAGUCAAGUGAAUACUCCCACUGCAAGCUGGGCUCUCUAUCCUAUCACCAUCUGGAAGGGUCUCAGUCCCUUGCCAAGGGUGCCUGCAUGCCUGGGUUUCCUCACCCAACAGGCCAACAAGACACAGCCCCAUGACUGCAUAAAUAAAUAAUUGCCAAAAGGGAA